AUGACAACCAAACUCAUAAUUUUCGUCGUCGGUCCACCAAGAACCGGCAAAACAGCGAUAAGCAAUCACAUUGCGGAGCUGACAGAAAGUCUUCACACAACAGAUUACCACCCAACACAGGGUGUCAGGAUAUUAGAGUUUGAUCGACAAAUACGUCCAGACGGGGGAAAGGAGCAUACGAUUGCCUGCGAGCUAUGGGACUGUAGUGGAGAUCCUAGAUUCCAUCCUUGCUGGCCGGUUUUCUCGUCCACUGCAAACUGUGUCAUCUUGGUGACGUCCCCAGAGUUGAGGCAGGAGCGAGAGCUAGACACAUUAUGCAAGCUCUUUCCGACCCUUAAUGAGCGCCAGAUGGUUAUCUUCGCACACAAUGGCCCCCAGAAAAGUGCGAAGCUCCGGUUCAGCUCAGGAAUGCCUCUCUCACGCAUCCCAAUCAUCUCGACCACCCUUGACAACGAGCCAGAAGCGAUUCGAAGCGAAUUUGACGCUUUUCUGGCCAAGGCUUUCUCUGCUUACAGAGAAAGUCGCGACAAGGAAGAGGAGAACAUCAUGGCAUAG